AUGACCACAGUUUUACUUUCUGGUGCAUCUGGCUUCAUCGCCUUACACACUGUUCAAGAACUAAUCAAAAAUGGCUAUACCGUGGUGGGUUCUGUCAGAAGUCCCGAAAAGGGGGAGUACGUCAAGAAAGCGUGCGGGAAUCCAGAAAAGUUCACCUACGAGAUAGUGAAGGAACUCUCUGAGGAUGGUGCUUUUGACGAAUUUGUUAAAAAACACCCCGAGGCCACCGCUUUCUUGCACACCGCCUCACCGUUCUUUUUCGAUGUCACGGAUAUCGAGAAUCAAUUGCUUCAACCUGCCAUCAAGGGAACCACAUCAGCUUUGCAAUCAAUUAAGGACUAUGGGCCUAACAUCAAGAGUGUGGUUAUCACAUCGUCGUAUGGUGCAAUUGCUUCGUACGAAAUGGACCAACAGGCUGGCAAAGGGAUGUCUGG